AUGACUGGCUUCCUAUCAAACCUGGUUCAGUACCAGGGGCUCUUUCAAAUGAUCGCUGUCCUGGGGAUUGGUGGCACAUUCCAAAUUGGCUUUCAAAUUUCUACCAUCACCUACAUGUCUCAGCAUGUUAAGGCUUUCAUUAAUGAAACUUGGCUGGAGCGCUAUGGCUAUCCCAUCCAACAGGAUAACCUCCUGCUCCUGUGGUCUUUCACUGUGUCCAUCUUCGGCGUAGGAGGUCUCUUGGGUUCUUCAGGGAGCAGAUACCUCACUGUCAAAUUUGGCAAAAAGAAAUGCCUCUUGUGCAACAACGUGCUGAUGAUAGUGGCAGCAUCUAUCAUGGGCUGCAGUAAAAUGUCCCAGUCCUUUGAGAUGAUUCUAAUUGGACGCUUCAUGUGUGGAGUAAGUGCAGGUCUUUGUGUUCCUCUACAUCACCAAUACGUUGGAGAAAUUUCUCCUAGGAAGCUCCGU